AUGGCGACCCACACCCGAUCAGCUGCCCAACCGGGCUGGAAACUGCACAUCUCCCGAGAGCUGCGGCGGAGGGACCGCGAGCAGAGACAGGCGUUCGAGGACCUCAUCCAGCAAUGUAAUGGGGGGCCUGCCAGGCCAGCAUGGGAUUAGAUAAUGGGGGCCCUGCCAGGCCAGCAUGAGAUUAAAUAAUGUGCAGUAAUGGGGGGCCUGCCAGGCCAGCAUGGGAUUAGAUAAUGGGGGCCCUGCCAGGCCAGCAUGAGAUUAAAUAAUGUGCAGUAAUGGGGGCCCUGCCAGGCCAGCAUGGGAUUAGAUAAUGUGUAGUAAUGGGGGCUCUGCCAGGCCAGCAUGGGAUUAAAUAAUGUGUAGUAAUGGGGGCCCUGCCAGGCCAGCAUGGGAUUAAAUAAUGUGUAGUAAUGGGGGGCCCUGCCAGGCCAGCAUGGGAUUAAAUAAUGUGUAGUAAUGGGGGGCCUGCCAGGCCAGCAUGGGAUUAGAUAAUGGGGGCCCUGCCAGGCCAGCAUGGGAUUAAAUAAUGUGUAGUAAUGGGGGCCCUGCCAGGCCAGCAUGAGAUUAAAUAAUGUGUAGUAAUGGGGGCUCUGCCAGGCCAGCAUGAGAUUAAAUAAUGUGUAGUAAUGGGGGGCCCUGCCAGACCAGCAUGAGAUUAAAUAAUGUGUAGUAAUGGGGGCCCUGCCAGGCCAGCAUGAGAUUAAAUAAUGUGUAGUAAGGGGGGGCCCUGCCAGACCAGCAUGAGAUUAAAUAAUGUGUAGUAAUGGGGGCCCUGCCAGACCAGCAUGAGAUUAAAUGUGUAGUAAUGGGGGGCCCUGCCAGGCCAGCAUGAGAUUAAAUAAUGUGUAGUAAUGGGGGCCCUGCCAGGCCAGCAUGAGAUUAAAUAAUGUGUAGUUAUGGGGGGCCCUGCCAGGCCAGCAUGAGAUUAAAUAAUGUGUAGUAAUGGGGGCCCUGCCAGGCCAGCAUGGGAUUAAAUGUGUAGUAAUGGGGGCCCUGCCAGGCCAGCAUGGGAUUAAAUAAUGUGUAGUAAUGGGGGCCCUGCCAGGCCAGCAUGAGAUUAAAUAAUGUGUAGUAAUGGGGGCCCUGCCAGGCCAGCAUGGGAUUAAAUAAUGUGUAGUAAUGGGGGCCCUGCCAGGCCAGCAUGGGAUUAAAUAAUGUGUAGUAAUGGGGGCCCUGCCAGGCCAGCAUGAGAUUAAAUAAUGUGUAGUAAGGGGGGGCCCUGCCAGACCAGCAUGAGAUUAAAUAAUGUGUAGUAAUGGGGGCCCUGCCAGACCAGCAUGAGAUUAAAUGUGUAGUAAUGGGGGGCCCUGCCAGGCCAGCAUGAGAUUAAAUAAUGUGUAGUAAUGGGGGCCCUGCCAGGCCAGCAUGAGAUUAAAUAAUGUGUAGUUAUGGGGGGCCCUGCCAGGCCAGCAUGAGAUUAAAUAAUGUGUAGUAAUGGGGGCCCUGCCAGGCCAGCAUGGGAUUAAAUGUGUAGUAAUGGGGGCCCUGCCAAGUCAGCAUGAAGUUAAAUAAUGUGUAGUAAUGGGGGCCCUGCCAGGCCAGCAUGGGAUUAAAUAAUGUGUAGUAAUGGGGGCCCUGCCAGGCCAGCAUGGGAUUAAAUAAUGUGUAGUAAUGGGGUGCCUGCCAGGCCAGCAUGGGAUUAAAUAAUGUGUAGUAAUGGGGGGCCCUGCCAGGCCAGCAUGAGAUUAAAUAAUGUGUAGUAAUGGGGGGCCCUGCCAGACCAGCAUGGGAUUAAAUAAUGUGUAGUAAUGGGGGCCCUGCCAGGCCAGCAUGAGAUUAAAUAAUGUGUAGUAAUGGGGGGCCCUGCUAGACCAGCAUGGGAUUAAAUAAUGUGUAGUAAUGGGGGCCCUGCCAGACCAGCAUGAGAUUAAAUAAUGUGUAGUAAUGGGGGCCCUGCCAGACCAGCAUGAGAUUAAAUAAUGUGUAGUAAUGCGGGCCCUGCCAGACCAGCAUGAGAUUAAAUAAUGUGUAGUAAUGGGGGCUCUGCCAGGCCGGCAUGAGAUUAAAUAAUGUGUAGUAAUGGGGGCUCUGCCAGACUGGCAUGAGAUUAAAUAAUGUGUAGUAAUGGGGGCUCUGCCAGACCGGCAUGAGAUUAAAUAAUGUGUAGUAAUGGGGGCUCUGCCAGACCGGCAUGAGAUUAAAUAAUGUGUAGUAAUGGGGGCUCUGCCAGACCAGCAUGAGAUUAAAUAAUGUGUAGUAAUGGGGCUCUGCUAUUUAUUAAAUGUGUAGUAUGGUGCCUUCACCUCCUCUCCUUUAAAUGUCAUAAUGAGGGAUAUAAUUUUAAGAAUAACAUUUGGAUGGCAUAAGCACACAUUGCAUGUUCAAAUCGUGCAAUGAUAUGCUGUGAACGCAGGGUUAUAAUUGGAAUUGGCCACGGUAAGGGUUGUAGACUUUUCUACUCUUCUGAACCUCCUUUGAUUUGAAGGUUAUGGUUAAUUCUGUAGUGCUUCUACAUUGCUAAAUCCUGCCAAAGCCCAGUUCUCACAGAUUAUUAUUUCAUGCUGUAUAUGGUUGUAUUGUUGAAAUGUUGUAUUGCUAAUAAGUGUGAAUCCUAAGUGUGUGUGUGUGUGUAAUGCAUUCUGGCUUAUUUAUGGCUGUGUCAACGCAAGCUGAAAUCCCAUACCUCAGCCUUGACCAGCAACCCUCCUGGUGGAGGUGCCGCUGUCUCCCAUCUGGGUUCUAGAGCUAUCUGUUGUGUAUGUUACCCAGAAGUUAGUGUUGUAAAUAAUAGGUGCGAUUGACACUUCACGCUGACUGUCUCUAUCUGUACCUCCUCUCCCCCCCUCUCCACUCUAUACUCACAGUGAAACUUUAUGUAUUGUAUUGUUCCCAGACGUCCCAUACCUUAUUGAAAUUAUUCAAUGUGUUUCUGACUUGUGCUAUUAGCUUGUCCAUAAGGUAGUUGUUUUGCUAUGACCAAGGCUAUUUGAGGGAUUUCUGAGCAGGACCAUUUUUGUACCAAUGCUCUACAGCAUGCUAGGGUAAUCAUGUUAAGAUGUUUUUGUUCAUGUUUGGUUAGGCCGUCUGUAAGUCUGGACAGCAGGCAUGUCCAUGGGUCCAAAGGUAUUGUCCUCUGUAGGGUCUGUGAACUUAAUUUCAUCAUUUUACACAGGUGCCUGCAUUUAUCUGAUAAGUUCAGUGUCAUCUGAUAUUGCUUUAUCUCUAGCCCUCAUCCCUGGUGGGAAAGCUGUAUUCCUAAACACUGAAGUCCUGGGGGACGGGAGGUAAUUCAGGGAGUAUUUGUCGUGAUUGGUCCCAUAUUUGUAUGGAGUUGAGGAUAGCUCGUUUGGUCCUAGGUACCCACAUGUAGAACUGGGGAAGAUCCACCCCCGUCAUCAGGGACUCCAGGUCUAUCCAGCGACUUUUAUCUUGGUGUGUGCCACUGUAUUAUCUAGGUUAGUUGUGCUGCCUGGUAAUACUGGUAGAGGUGGGGAAGUCUCAAUCCCUCUCUUGGUUUUGGGUGGCUGCGAGCUAAUCUUGGCUGUUUUGUCAUAUAAAUGUGUCGAUUACACUUUGUAUUCCAGCUAGGUCACCCUGGGUAACGCUCACUGGUAGUGAUUUUGAUUUGAAACAAUCAUGGUAGAAUGUUCAUUUUAAUUUGUGCACCCCAACCAGGAAAUAGACCUUUCUGUCGACUGUCCUAACUCUCUGGUGAGGUUUUGGAACAUGGGGGCAUAGUUGAAAGCGAAGGUAUUUGGGUCCGCUGUUAGGCGAAUGCCCAAAAACGUAAAUUACUCUGCAUUUAUUUUUAGGUGGUAUCGGCUGUGGAUGAGUACCCUGUCCGAGGUUUUUGGAUAAAAGGGCAUGGCCCCUUACUUUUUUUUUUUUUUUUUUGUAGUUAACUUUACAGCCCACAAAAUAUCUAAAAUGGUCCAGUAGCAAUGUUAAAUAAUGAAGGGAGUUUAUCAGGUUCUGGAGGGUUAGGAGGAAAUCAUCGGCGUAGGCUGAUACUGUAAAUGGUUUUCCAAUCACUUUUACACCCCCCCCCCCUGGAUGUUUGGAACCACUCUUACAAGCCAUCAGAUUGCACCCAGUGUCAGUGCGAACAGCAGUGGGGAUAAAGGGCACCCUUGCCUGGUUCUGUUGACUAAUGAGAAUGGGGUCCUCGUUGCUCCUGUUAUGAGUGUCUGUGCUCGUAAUCCGUAUAUAGGGCCUUUAUUGCUGUCACCAGCAAUAUGAUAAUGGGUGGGCCGGUGCGUCCAUAAGGCGGCACAACUGGCCUCCUUAGGGCUCACUGGCCCAAAUGGCGCUAGAUCGGAGUGACAGCGCUCCCUCCUGCCAGGCACUCUGUGUACUGUGGCCGAGUGGAGCAGUGCGCACCGCAGUAAGGGAACCGAGCACUUCCUAUCAGUCCGGCCGGGAAAAAGGAGACUGAUUAUCCUGUACCGCGGUGACUACCAGAAGUCACCGGGGAGCAGGGACCAAGGAGGGGAGAGAGGGGGCACUAUGGGAUGGGGGGGUGGGUGUGUUAAGGAACACUAUGUGAGAAGGGUGGGAGAGAGGAACAUUAAGGGAAGGGAAAAGAAACACUGGGGUAGGGGGAGGCAUUGAAAGAAGGGAUGGGGAGGAGUUCCUACCGCACACUGCCACACUGCAUCCACUACAUACACACUGCAUCCACUACAGUGUAGUGACUACACAAACACACUGCAUUUACUAAUUAAAUACUCACUGCAUCCACUACACACAAAUAUUCUUGAAAACAUAAAAAAUCUGACGGGCAUUAAUAUUUUGUGCAUUUACCACUUAAGAGAUUUGCAGAAAAAAAUACAGUAAAUGUACAGAAUAUCGGUAAGCUAUCUGCCUGAAAGUUCAGAGUAUCGGUAUCUGCUCUAAAAAAUCAAUAUCGGUCAAUCCCUACUGGGAACUCCCCGAAAUUGGAGCAGGUUAAAUACAUACCACCACAUCACACUGUCAAUUGCCUUCCCUGCGUCCAAAGAGAGCACCAGAGAAAGCACUUUAGACUCCGCCAUGUAUCAGGUCCACUACCCAUCAAGUAUUUUCAUACAGUUGUCGUCCUGGUAUAAAGCCAACUUGGUCUGGGUGGAUCAGUCGCAGAAGGAGGGGUGUGAGUCUGGAUGCUAAGAUUUUUGCGAAAACUUUAAAGUCGGCGUUAAUGAGUGAUAUCGGUCUGUAGCUUGGGGCCAGUGUGUCGCGCUUUUUUUUUUUUUUUUUUUUCAGUAGCAGUAUUAUGCUUGCCAUGUCCAUAUCAGGCUUUCAUCCCUGCAUGAAGUGAUUACAUAAAGGAACACUCAAAGCAUCAUAACGUUAUUUGAACAGCAGCCUUUGCUGAUAUACUGAACAUGCUAACACACAACAGAAUUUUACAGUAUGUGGCUUCCACUUCCUAGGGAAGCUGCUCUUAAGUGUCUGCCUGGCCAGCUUUGGUGGAGAGCUGGAGAGUGGAUAGGCCCAUAACACUCUUCUUUCCAAAGUUUGACAGCUAAUGCUGAUGACUUCUGCAUUAGCUGAGCAGAGCAGAUAUGCUACAUAGAGUGCAAAAAGCGAACAGGAUCAACUAGUUUGACAGGCAGAAACAAACCAGUAGAGUAGGUUCAGGUGUAACCGCUGGUGGUUCCCUUAUUUACCACUAUAAUGUCUUAAAGCAUAGAACUUAGAAGUGCUAACCAUACAGUUAUGGCAUAUCUUAGCCAUAAUUGUAUAUAGUGUAAGAGAUCCUCUAUUUACCAUAUAUAAAUAAUUGAGAAUACAAUAUAAAAUAAGGAUUGUCUUGGAAGCAAGAUUGUCUUUUUAGAUAUUUAUUAUAUAAAAAUAUAAAAUCCAUUAUAGCAGAGUUUAUAAGAUUAAAUUACAUGCUUGCAAAUAUCAUUAAUAGGUUAACAUACCCUUCUGAACAUGUCAUCAUGUCAGCCUCUCUGUCAUUUUAAGAUGGAGCAGCGUCUGUCUCCAAGUCUCUCCUCUGUUUCUUAACAUUUAAAAGUACACCUAUUUAUACCUUAGGUGUCUCCAUUUUAGGUUACUGUAGUUCAAAUAUGAAAAAGUAACACUUCUUUUACUUUAUUCAAUUUAGGACCUCCCUUAACUUGGCAAACAUACAAGGCCAUAACUAAAGGGUGUAUACGUCAUGGAAAUUUUCCUGACUUAGUUCAAGAUGGCAUCUUAAAGUCUGAAUAGCUUAUCUGUUGUUUAUACUAAGUCGUAAGUGCGCAGUCGUGGGAGAUUCCCGGAUUUGGGGAAGUUCCAUUAAUUUGGGGUUACCACAGUAUAUUGUGUACUGCAAGUGUCGUAGUAUAUCCUUGAAGCUUGUUUAUGCGUUAUUGUAAUUCGUCUGGGACAAAAUGGCGCAAACAUAUUAUGCACUGAGGUUAUUGCUUAAAGAAACAGUUAUGAAAAACAAUAUGUUCCAUUUCUAACACCUUGUCAGUUUGCAAUAUCUCUUAAAGACAAAGUACACAGUUUAAGAAAUACAACAUUUCAUUCUAAAACUUGUAAUAUUUGCAUUUGCACAUAACACAGGGAAUCUUUCUUAAUCAUGCUGAUUGAGACAUGCAAUUCCAUUUUCUACAUUGUGUCCCCAUCUAAUGACAGAGAAAGCUGUACAAUGAUUAACUUUUUAAUUUAAUUAUGACUAUUUUUUUAUAUUUAAAUAGUACUGCAGCAUUUUGAAAAAACGAGGUUAAGGUCCGAUGUGCAUUGCAUGAAACAAAACUAAAAUAACCUGACUAAGGUUUAAUUUGCACUCUGGCUCUCCAGCAGUCAAUAGGUUAAUUUGUAAUGCCUUUAUUGAUGAGCAGUGUUAAGUACUGACAGUCUGGAAUUCCCUGGGGCAACAACAAGAGAUCCAAAGGUCAAGGGCACCAAUCUGCCAUCUCCAGCAGACUAUCCCUGAGGGUAUGAAGGUUUGGCUCACUGCUAAAUGCUCUUGUUUUCUCUUUUCAUAGAUAACAGACUACUUGAAAAGUCUGACCUUCAUUCUGUGUUAGCUGACAAAUUACAGUCUGAGAAAUAUGAUCAGCAAAGCCGCCAUGACAUCAGGUAUGGUAUUCAGUGACUUCCCAGUGUUUAAGAGGGGCAGAGGAGGAUUUUUAAAGUGUCCUGCAGAAGUUCAUCUUUGUAAUUCCAUAAAUCUGUAUGCAUGUGUUUCUAAAUUAUGGCCAUUUUUUUUUAUAUCAGAAUUAACAAGAUAAGAUUAUGUAAAUACAGUCUGUAAAUCUUCUUUGUGUAGGGUUAUUUUCCAGAUAAUUUCUUUUGUUGUUCCAGAGUAUACACUAAUAGUGUCAUACAUCCAGUUAUUCCAUUUAAUGAAUGGGAAUAUUGAUAUUCUAUUCUUGCAAACCUGCACCAAUAGGGCCCUUAAUCUUGAGCAGGACCAAGACUUGCUGCAUGUCUGUCUGCCAGAGGGAUUAUUUUUUUGUUUUUGUUUUUUUGUUUUUUUUCUUGGUGGGGUUUUUUAUUUUUUUGGUUUUCCCUCCCCUUUUGGUUUAUGGAAUUAUUUAUGGAUGAUGUUUAAUUUUGCAGCCCAGGUCUUGAUGGGUCACGACAUGAAACUCUACUCCAAGACAUGGCUCAAAUGCGGAUAAAACACCAAGAAGAACUGACAGAGCUCCACAAAAAGCGUGGAGAGGUAUCCCAUCUAAAACACUGUCGUGCUUAGCCUUUCCUAAACCGUUAGCUGUGGAUUAUUUGAGAAAUUAUAUGAAACUAUGAAUUGACGGCCAUACUUGCUACAUUUAGGCAAACAUCUUUGAAUUUAGUAGAUUCAAAUAUAUUUUCUACCGCCCCUCCUUUAUUUUAUUUUUUGUGAAUUAAAGGAAUAUAAAAUAUGGUUUACAUAUUUGCAGCAAUUUUCUUUUAAUUUUUUUUUUUUAAAUCCCCCUCAAACCUGUUAUCAUUCUGGAAAUGUAAAGAUCUCAAUCAAACCUAAUACAUGUCCACAUAUUACUAGCACAGCUGAAAUCGUUAUCCGUAGCUUCUGGGUAUCUGUCCAUUACGAAUGUGGGGGAAAUUGAUUGAAAAUGCCAAACACCCUUCACUUAGCUUUGAUGAGUUGUUUUCAAUCACUGUCCCUCCCUCUCAGUUGGCUCAGACUGUGAUCGAGUUGAACAAUCAGAUGCAACAGAAAGAUAAGGAAAUCCAGUCAAAUGAAGAAACGUAAGUAAAAUUAAAUGCUUUUAGCCCUGUGACCGUUACUUUUCUCCUAGCAUUUCAUACAUAGCUUUGUCUAUAUUUGUGGGGGGUUUUUUUUUUCUUGCAGUUAUUUUAUUUUGCUUGUUUGUGGAAUAAACCAUUUUAAAUAUUUAUAAGUUCUCUGCACAUUGCUAUUUUUUAAUCCCGUUUUUUAUUACAGGAUAAAGCAGUACUUGCGCACUAUUAACGAAUUGGAGACGGAGUGUCAAGAUCUACGGAACAAACUGCAGGAACUUGAACGUGCGAACCAGACCCUGAAAGACGAAUACGACGCUUUACAAAUCACCUUCAACGCUUUGGAAGAGAAGUUGCGUAAAACCACAGAAGAGAACCUGGAGCUGGUCACCCGCUGGAUGGCUGAGAAGGCUCAAGAAGCCAACCGGCUGAAUGCCGAGAACGAGAAGGAUACAAAGUGAGGAGUGGGGAAAGGGCAGAAAGUGUGUGGGUUUUUUUUUUUUUUUUUUAAAUGGUGGGGAUAAUUCCUUUUUAAACACUUGUUAGAAGUGAUGAACUAUUAAAAUUCAGUUGUGGGUAAUGUACGGUGCAAUCUCAAGGUGCAGUAAAGAGUUACCCCUGUGUUUACAUUUAUGUUCCAUUCUCACCGCUCUUGCUACUUUCUCUCCUUAAGUUUAAAGGGCAAUCCAGACAUGGACCCUUUGCUCACAGUACCUAGAGGGAUAUUGGCUAUACCUCACUGAUGCCUUACAAGGUUGAAACUAUCGUCUGGGGUUUCCGUAUCUCUAGUGCAGAGGGAACUUGCUGGCGUUUUGGAUCUGGACUGCCUGUACGGGUGGGAUCAGUCUCUCAUCUGCUUCAGAUGUUCUCUCUGUAAUGGCACUUGAUGAGCUAAAACCAGCUUAAGAUCUGAGCCGGGACCCACAAGGGCAGGCUAAUUGAGCUGUUUUCUGUUCUCACCACUUUUUUUUUUUUUAUUAUUUUUUUUUUUUUUUUCUAUAUUGGUUACGUAAUCCUAUCUUGCCAUCUCAGGAAUGCUUUAUCUGCAGAUUUCCUAUUUAUGUAAAGAAUGAUUUUAUUUAGACAGUCUCUUUAUAGACUAGUUUUUACCAAAACGUAAAAAUCUGUAUCACUUCUUUUCUUUCUAUUCUCUCCCUUUUUAUCCUUCCCCAUUUUCUUCAGUUUUAAUGUAACAGUAUUUCAAAAAUAGUGUUACUAGCACAUUAGCUGAUUGCUAUCCAGAGGUGUACCAAAAAGUAAAGACUGUCUCCCUAAAAGUUAUAAGUGCAAUCAUAGAGAUCACCUAGUUCUGUAAAACUGAGUGCUGUGUGUCUGUUCCUACAUUGGCAAAAACAUUCCGUACAAAAUUCAAAGACUUUGUAUUAUGGGCAAAAUACCUUCAAUUUUUAGCAUUUCAUGUGACAAAGUGGUGAUAAAAUGACAACAUGAAAAAUCUAAAAUUCAUGGACUGUCCACACCCUGUUGCUGUAACCUGAUUAACAUGUCUGUAUAAUUCUGUAUCUUGUUUCACACCCAGACCAAACAAAUGUACCUCUGUUAACAUAGAAUGUCUGUGCUGCUGUAUAUUGUCGAAUAUGCACACUAGUACAAUGUACCACUGAACAUAUGCUAAUUUUGUUUAUUUUAUUUUUUUCAUUGUGUGCAUGAAUAAUGCAAAACCUGUUGAUUGUAAGAGUUGAAUUCCUUUUAGGGUUUAAAUUCAGAUGCCAGAGUGGCUUCCCAGUUUUAAUCAAAGUGGAACACAUUUUAUACAAACUUUUAACUUUUUAAUUAGCCGUACAAAACUUUUUUAUUUUAUUUUUUAGCACCAAUAAGGUCACUGUAUUUCAGACAAAACAAAUGACUAAUGAAAAUUACGGGGUAUAAUUUUUUUUUUAAAAAUCUUAAAUUAGUAGAAGCCUACACAGGCUUUUUAUACACAAAGCUUUAUUAUCCUCUAAUGUGACAAAAUCUGUACACUAUAUCAUCAGGGCUAGAUUCAACCCUGGCAAGAGAAAAUGCACCAUGGCCACAGGGUAGAAGAGAAGAAGCCUGUUUAAAGGCGAUGUGAUUAAAUGUGCAGUUUAUGAAGUUUCUUUAAGCUGUUCUUCUUUUUUAAAGGGACACUAGUCACCAGCACAACUACAGCUCAAUAUAGCUUUUCUGGUAUCUACAGCCAUUCCCUGCAGGCUCUUUAAUGUGAGCACUGCCUUUUCAGCGAAAAACACAUGUUUACACUGCUGCUUACUAACACAUCUAGUGACAAUAUGCAGCUCUGACAUUAAGCACCUCCACACUUUGCAUGUACGCACUGAACUCUUCCCAUGAAAAUGCAUUGAUUUAAUCAAUCUCUGAGGAGAUUCUGAUUGACUAAGCACGGCAUUUUUGCUGCGCAUGCGCAAUGGACUCCAAGGCUUUUCCUAUAUGAAAGCCUUGGACUGGCUGAAAACGGUUUGAUCUCAACCAAGCUGCGACAGACCCACACUGUACUGAACUAAAAGGGGAGUAAAAUCACCUUUAAACUGCUUACAGGGGAAUACAUGUUUGUGUUCAUUUAAGGUCAUUGCAUAGCUCCCACCUACUCACUCUGUAGUAAAUAGUAACAUUAGAUCUUGGCAUCUAUUUACUUUAAAGUGAACGAAGAGUGAUGUGGUACGCUCUACACUAGCUGUCUGGUCAUUGUUUGGCCUUUUUAAAGCUAUCUCUUGCCAUUUCAUAAAUCGUUAUUUUAAAUAAAGAGCAUCUUGUGGCUAAAAAAAACUGUUUUACUCAAUGAUGUAAAUUUUAAAGAAGUGAGUUACCAUUUAAGAAAUAGUUUGAGAACUGUACUAACAAUUUGUCUCCUGAUUACACCUGCAACUGCUUUAUUUUUAUUUUGUAUUUUCUUUCCUCGCUUCCAAAAAACUCAAACGCGCAGCAAAUUAGAGUGAUCUCUAUAUGUCUACAAUCCAUAUGCACUUACAAUCAACAGGUUUUGCAUUUCUCUAAGCUUUUGCCCAUUUUUUUUUUUUUUUCUCUGUAUUUUAGUCAUGAGUUUUACUUACUGAUUUCUGUACCUUGCAGUAAUCAUAUGUUUAUUUUGGUGGUUUUGCAUGCAGUGCCAUUUUAGCUGUGGAACAGUAAAGCUUCCAUACCCAAGAGCUCCAUAUGCAGUAUGUAGUGUAUGACCCAUCUGCUUUAUCUAUUCAGGAGGCGUCAGCAGAAACUGCAAAAAGAACUGGCUGAUGCUGCCAAGGAACCUUUGCCUGUAGAUCAGUGAGUACUGUUCUCAAUGCCCCUCAUGUUUGGUUUAUUCAGUCAAUAAGUGCCUGUGCGGUUUUGUCUUUUGGAUCUUGCCAUUGAGAAAUUUUAUAAACUUACUGCUUUUCGUCAAACUUAGUUUUGUUUACAUCCCAGGACCACAUGUGGCUCUGAUCUUAUUUAGCAUUGGGCCGGUAUAUUAAAAUGCAAUACAGUAUAAUGUAGUCUUUUCCAUUUCUAUUGUGUGAAGUAGAUUUGCAUUUUGUUUCCCUGUUGAGUAUCUGUACCUAUUGUCUUUCACAAUGCGGUGGGAGGGGAACAGUCUGUGUUAAUAGCCUGUUUUGGGAUUGGCUGGUUUCAUGUUGGAGGUUUGCUAAUUUCAGAGAUGAUGAUAUAGAGGUGCUGCCUGAUAAUGCAGAUCCGUCUGGGGACAAUACAGCUGUACCAGCGAUGGGCAGGACAUCAAGGUGAGCAUAGUCAUGUCUUGCACGCACAAUAUGGGGAUAUAGCUGUUAUUCUGUGCAAGGCACACUGGGUGUUUUCUAAAUUGGAUGAAUUCUUGUUUUAAUAUGGGAAUCCUUUUCUAACUUUAUUAAGCUUUACUGUGAUGUACUUCUGACGUUAGGUGUAUGUGUGUGUGUGUGUGUGUAUAUACACACACUGGGCACACCUUUUUAAUGCCCCCCCCAGCUUUUGCAGAACUAAAAUGUCAAUCCUGCUGAUCCAUAUUGAUAGGAUCUGCAUUCUGCAAAAUCUGGAGUUCUGGAGGUGGGUUACUAUGGGUUGAUUUUGAUCUGUGUCAUGAUAAAAGAAAAGGUAUGUGUGGUGUGGCCCUCCCCCCCCACUAGUGAAUGCUCCACUCUUAUAAAUUUGCACUGCAUUUUAAAUAUCAAAGACUCAAGAACAAUGGAGGAUAAAAGAUCACUGUAAAGCUCAUGCUGCUGGGUCAUGCUGCUUUUUGGCAACUUCCAAUUUUAGACUAACCCAAGCUUAUUCUUAUUGAUGAUUUGAUCUAAAAAAAAGCGGUUAUCAGUGAGGUUUUAAAAGCAUACUAUGCUGGUUCCCUCCAUUGUCCAUGUCAGAUCCAUUUAGGUUAAAUGUGUUAUAAUCUUUUUGUCCUGGUUUUAGUUUGCACUUCUCAUACUUUAUAUUGGGUUAAAGUGUUUCUUCUUUGAACACACUUGCUGCUGUUUUAUGGGGAUAGCAUGUCUGGCUUAUGAUGUUGUACUAAAUUCUCAUAAUUCUCAAAUGGAGAACUGUGAGUUAUAGUCAAACAACUGGAGGGCCCUUUCGGACACAGGUGUCUUAUGGUGAUGGGUCUUUCAUCUAUACUCUACUGCUGUUCUGUGUUGGUGAUGGAUUCUUCUGUAUAUCUGGCUUACUCCUGUCCUCCCUCUCCCUCUAGUAAGAGACACUCUCAGCCCGCCGUAGGAGGCCUCCUGGAUUCUAUCACUAAUAUCUUCGGGUAGGUCACCAGUAUUAGUUUGACAUACGUGUACGUGGUGACUGUUAAUGUGUUUAUUUUAAAGAGAAAAUAUUGAUGUCCAUCGUUGUACUGAGAUUUAAGCUGACCUCUUCAAAUAUUGCGCGAUCAUGGCUACAUGUAGGGAGUAGGCUCCUAAUAAAGGGAUACUCCAGGUAACUGUAUUAGGUCCAUGUGUCUGCUGGGUUACAUUUGGUGCUGGAUGUAUGAGUUGUUGUUUUUGGUUUAUUUUUCUCAUUACUUUCUUCAUUGUUAGAAAUUUCUCUAUAAGCCCAACCUUUCUACUCUUACAACUUGCUGAGUUUCCUCUUGCUGCAAUACUACUGUGGUAUGUUGUCAUGGCCUAGGUUUCUGAAACAUGUUCAGCUGUCUGCAGUAGAAAUCUGACAGUUGAACUGCACUUUCCAGAAACUUUUGUGUCCAUAAAAACAGUACAUUAUGGCAUCAGCUCUGCAGUGCAAAAUAGUCUUGGUCUCUCUUGCUUAGGGAUCUCUGCACACACUGUAAACUGUCUGGAUUUGCAACAAAUGCAGGAACUUCAAAUGCUUGUGUUGAUGUGGGGUGUGUUGUGUUUUUAUUGAUCUCCUUGUCACAUAAUGCAUUUAUAUAUUUGAUAAUGUCUCCUGGAGUUUCCAUUGUAAUGAAUGCUACUUAAACCUGUUCUUGCCACAAAUUCCUAAUAAACCAUUGUGGUAAAUGUCCUAGCAGUUCCUGUCUGUCCAGCGUUUCCACAUCCCAGCGUGGGGCCCUGCUCGGUGCCGCAUCAGGGCACACCUCUCUUCCCACCCUGCUUGAGGCCAGUGGCAGCCACACUUCAAGGACAAGGAACCCACACAUUUUGUGGCAAUUCUUUAAUUCAUUACUUUAUAUAUCAUGCUUGUAUAAAUAGUUUAGUAUGCUCCCAGAACCACUACGUUACGUUAUUUUCCAAUAACACUUGAUAAGAAACCAUGAAGAGCAGGCAUUUCCUGACUUCUAUCUCCAAUCCGAUGCUAAAUAAGUUCUAGUGCAUGUUCGUUAGAGUACUUAACCACUUUUUAAGGCUUGGACUUUAGCUCUUAUUUUUAACACCUCUGGUAAUGUACUGGGUAGCUGUGUGUGCUGCUAUAUUUCUGCCAUGGGGUUAAUAUGAUUAUCCUGUUUUUGUUUCUUGUACAUCUCUCCUUGCUCUCCCUAUGCUUCGCUGAUCUCCCCCUGCAGUUUGUCAGAGUCUCCCCUCUUGGGUCAUCGUUCAGAUACUGCCAGGUGACGUUUCCUUUCCUCAAUCCUUGCUUUCCUGUUUCAUGUAAUCUGCAGAGCAUUGGUACCAAUCCCCUCCUGGGAUCUUUUUAAUCGCAUCCCGUUAGAACGAGGGCAGGCAUGAUUUUGAAUAGGGGAUCAACUCAAGGCAACAUCUUUUUACUUUAAGUCACAUCUGGACAUCAUUGUGGAUUGUUUCCCUUUUUAAAAUCUCUGCCUUUUAAUCUAAAAAAUAUAUCAUUAUGGAUUCUUAUUCCAUCUUUUAAGCUGUGGUAUGGCAUAACAGAAAUAUCAGUAUUUUCUUGUUAACUUAAUGUCUGAAAAUGAACUUUUUAUGAAUGUUCUUCAGUUUAUAGCAGGAAGGCAGAUUGGUUUCUUGGUGUUGUGUAUGUGGUUUCUUUGUGUUUUAUUUUUUAUUUUUUAAUACACGUUUCGAAUUGGACAACUUGGUGAAGGUUACCUGUAAUUAUUUUUUGUCAUCACUAAAAAUCUUAAAGGAAUUCUAAGUAAAAUAACCAGUUUUAUUAAUACGUUGUAUAGACAAUGGAAAAACAUACGUUUUUUUUUUUCUUUUUUCUUCCAAUGUCCUGAAAUUCCACAGGUCAAAAAAUGACUGUCUUUUUAACCCCCUAUCUCAUCAUGAAGUAGCUCCACCAAUCAUGAGCUUCUCAUUCUGCUCUUUCACAAAAACCUGUAAUGCAUAGAAUGAGUAGAAAUACUGUAUUAACAAUGACAAUUUUACCUCUGUCCAUUUAAACAUUGCCAUAGAGGUAGAUUUUAAGACCUAAUUGGUAGCUCUGGUGCUUAUAGUGCUUAGCCCCUAUCACUGCUGCAUGAUCUAUUAUCAGAUAAUAUUGCAUUGUAUGUUCCUGGGGAGCCUUCACUGUUUCUGAAAUCUGUUUAAUCUGGUGAAGAUCAGAUUAUAUGCAGAGUAGAGUGGUUUUAAUUUUGUUUUACAGAGGUUUCUGGGGUUGUUUGGUGGGUUUUUUAUUUUUAAUUAUAAAAUUCCAUUUCACUUCAGGAGACGGUCGCUAUCAAUCCCAUCUUCACCGGAUUGCAAUGAUGCUCAUAGCGGUGGAAGCAGGGAAGUAAGAGUUCCUUCUAUGGCUGUUCACUCAUUUGUAAGUAUUGCCUGUGCCUGGUUUGUUAACUGUUACAUUUAUUUUGGAUUUUAUAUAUGUAUACAAAUUUUAGACAUCUUGCAUUAAAUACUCAACAAAACUAUCGUUGCUAAGCACUGCAUGCAAUACAUUUAGAAAUCUGUUUCCCCUCAAUGGAACAUUCCCUUUUCAUUUAUUUUGUUCUGAGGUCAUUGAUGAUUAGUAAAAGGUCUGAACGCACUGCAUUCCUCCCUUAAACCCAACAAACUCCCAGCAGAUUGUCUUUCUUCCACUGAGUUCUAGCAUUGCUCUGAGUGGCUUGAUAAUCUGCUGACACAUCUGGAUGCCCUUCAACCUGCAUUUUCAAGAAUCAUUCUGUGGGUGUGGUGAUAUCCUACAAUUCUUAAAACAUAAGGAGUUUGGGUAUGGGAAGAAAUACAGGCAGUGUAUGAUCUCAAGUUUUCAAGCUGAGACCUCUUCUAAAUCACAGGACACCCUUUUAAGCUUCAAAUCAAAAAGGUAUUUCCUAUGCUAGUGUGAGAGUUGAGUAAACUGAUCUAGAUCAGGGUGGCUGAAAGGUAGAACUUCACUAACGGUAACAGCUGUCAUGGAAGUUGUAGUUGGGGAGUCUUAACUUUUUGUCACCCCUGAUUCUGCUAUUGACUACAGUAUUUGAAAAACCAUAUUAUACCCUUGGCCACUGAGAAGCUGUACUGUUAAAUAUGGCUCAAAAUAUUCCCUCUAAAUCUUUGUCUUUGUGUUUUUUUUGUUUUUUUUCCUCCCUCUUCUUCGCCCUUGCACUCUUAGGAUGCACACGAUGGUGAAGUGAAUGCUGUAAAAUUUAGUCCAGGGUCCCGUCUACUAGCAACAGGGGGGAUGGACCGGCGGGUGAGACUUUGGGAAGUGAUUGGAGGUAAUUUCUUUGCUGACAGGAAUACAUAUUGCAUGUUUGAAUUAAGUAAGGAAAUGCAAAAUUGGUACCAAUGGUAGAUGCUGUUGCUUUCAUAUCCUGUACUACAUCUGUUAGCAGGACCAUAUCACUAGCUAUGAUUUAGCUUGGUGGAUUGUGGUUUCUUUUUUUAUUUUAAGUUAAAAUCUCUUGAAACUUGUUUGCUGUUCAUAUUAAGACCUCUAGUCCCAUCAUGGAACCACUCUUGAAUUAAUCCAGAUCAAACUGUGAAUAAAUUUUAUUUAGAAGAAUUUAUUUUUAUUUAUUUAUUAUAACCACUUUUGGAGGUCAAAUCUAAGAUCCAUAUAGCCCAUAGCUUAUUCAGCAUUAAAUGAGCAUUGGUUAUGUUUUAUGAGGCUGUUUGUUCAUGCAAUACUUAAAUUUUGAUUAAUUGCAUUAGUCCAAGUAAACGUGCUUCUGCAUAAAUAACUCCCUUAAAUUCUAAAUCUAAAAAGCUCAGAUACCAUAAUCUGCUUUUAAAAUACUCUAAACAAAUUGGCUUAUUUAACUGUACUUAAUCUUAGAAUCAUUAUCUGUUUUAUGACAGUGGUAGAUAACAAAUCACUUGAUAUAUAAUUUGAAACCUUAAUUUGGUUGCCAAUAGUGAAGAUUAUAAUAACCAGCAAGUCCUUGCAUGUAAACUUGAUUUUAAUAGAAUUUUACUAGUUAUUAAAAUUAUAUUCACCCUGUUGAUUGCAGCUGUAGUCUGUAAAAAAAAACUGGAGUUUCUAUUUCCAAACUGGAUUAGGAGCCACCCUUUGUAUUGAUUUAUCUCCUCUGCUUUUCUGUUGAGGUCAAUGAUGAUUAGUAAAAGGUAUGACUGCACUGUUGUCCCCCCCCGACACUGAAAGCUCACAGCAGGUUUUUUUUUUUAUUCCCUUUUGCAUUAUGAUCAAGUUUAUACCAUAAUGCAUUCCAAAAGCUGCUGAUAUUAUUGGAUUAUUCACAUUUCCAUGUAUUCAUAAGUCUAAGGAUACAUGGAUUAAAACGCAUCCAACAUUUACCUUAAAGGUGGAGACCUAGGUCGGGGGACUGGACAAUGUACAAUACAGUUCAUGAUCAAAAGUUUUCAAGCUGAGACCUCCCUGUAUAUUUUCAUUCAUCUUGCUCAUUUUAAGCAUGAGCUAAGGAAAAUGAAGACAGAAUUGUAUUAGUUUUCAAAAAAAAUAAUUUGUUUCUUUACUCUUUCUACAGAUAAAUGUGAGACAAAAGGUUCUCUUACUGGUAGCAAUGCAGGGAUCACCAGCAUAGAAUUUGACAGUGCUGUAAGUAUCCUUACUAUUUUUUUUAUAAAUAGGGGGGGAAAAACACCACUUCAGCAAGGUGACGUAGCCUAGUCCAUAUGGUUGCAGGCUUGAGUAUCCGCAGACCAGAGCUAGUGAAUGCUAUAGUAUAUACUUACAACUCCAAUCCUUUUGAAUUUGUCUCUAGGGCUCUUACCUUCUUGCUGCUUCCAAUGACUUUGCCAGUAGAAUCUGGACAGUGGAUGACUACAGGCUGCGGGUAAGCAGGAUCUGUUUGUUUGGAAUUUGAGCUCAUUAGUAGAUUUUGUCCUGCAAGAAGUCAAUGAUGAUGAGUAAAAGGUCUGAUUGCAAGGUUUCCCUCUUACACCAAACUAGCUCCCAGCAAUAUCGCAAUUCACCCCAUCCUGCUUAAAGAUGUGCAGUUGACUGGUUAACAAAGUUGCUGACACAUUCGGAAUAUCUCAUAGCCACUUCUCUUGAAGAGUGGAGAGGUGUGACUAUGAUGGGCUUCCAACAUAAUCAUUUGAGAAGGAGUCUAAGGUGUAAUGGAUUCAGUGUAUGAAAUAUCUUCGUGCUGAGACUUCGUUUGUUUUACAAUCAGCAGUGGCUCAAUUUCCUUUUGUACACUAGCUGGCAACCAUGUCUGUAUAAUAAAAGCCUUUAUUAUAACAUAGAUAAAUAGCCAUCCGUUAAUUAAUAAAGUCAAUGUAUAGAUCAUACCUCUAAAGUUGCAAUGCUUAAUUCUGACUUUUGGGAGUUAAAUCACUUUGUUUAUGCAGCCCUAGUUAGUGAGCCCUGGCUCACUUAGCCUCCUUGGAAAACUUUUUUUUUUUUUUUUCAUUUUCAAUUUGCAACUACAGCCAAGUGUUUACUUUACAGUUUAUUUCCUUCUCCGUUGAGUUUUAGUCCCACAUUGGAGUCUCCAGGGCAUCAGUAGCCAGGGACUGACUCUGUCUAAAACAGUGGGCCCUCGAAAAUCCAUGGAUCUUGGAAUAUUUCAGUCAUAACUCCUGAGAACUGAGGGUCUAUGAACAGCACUUGCCUCCUGGUUUUAGACCACAGUCCAGAGCAUUGCCAUUGGUUACCUAGUUAACGCUUUGAUACGAUGCGUGCAAAGCUCGUGGGGGUCAUCACAUGAAGUUCUGCAUCCAAAGGGAGACCCUGGGAUGGGGGGCAGGCGAGCAAUUAGCCCCCAGGUCAACCUAAACCCAGUGCCGUCCGCAUCCAGCAAAAAGGAAAUGAAUCCCCUGUCUCUGGCUGGGUACUCGGAUUUUUCAACUUGCGCCUCUCCCUGCAGCCAGUGGAGUCAGCUGGCCUCUUCCUAAUGCCAGGAGGAGGGGGCGUGACUAACACUGAUCUUCUCAGAAGACCGCUGGGGAAGUCACACCCCCUCCUUCUGACAUCAGGAGAUGAUGGCUCCUGCCCACCACUCCCUUUACUUAGCCCCCAUAAUAUCCCCACUACAGCUAGUCUCCCCCAAUUUCAACCCAUAUCACCAACACCACAGCCCCUUUCCAAAAUUGUAGCCAUCAACCUACUUCAGUCCCUAUCAACCCCCAAUUACAGCUCAUACCCCACACUACAGCCCCUGUUUACUGGCUUUAAAAGUGUGCGUGUGUGUUUUUAUGACUGACCAACCCUUUCAAUCACAUGGGAAAGGUGUUACUCUCCUUUUGGUGCAAUGGGCUGCUUGACUGGAUUUGCACCUAAGGCUGCUAGCCCUCCCCUGGAGAGACUUGAAUCUUUCCACACUAAACCACCAAAAACCUGAAUGAUGUCCCCCUCCCCUCCCUGCCUUAAAGGGAAAAUUAAAAUAACAGAAAAUAUGAAUACAAUUUUAUGUGUCUAACUUUGUGUCAAGAGGUGUGGUAACUGGUGGAAUUGGGGAGGGAUGGUGCUUUAGGAAAAGAUCAACAAAUAUUUUUGUGUCCAAACUACAGGUUUUCAAUACCCCUGGUGCAAGUCAUGAUCGACACCUCAAAACCACUUCAAUAAGCAAAAGUUGUUUCUAGUGUUGUAAAAACAUUUUUAAAAACUUUUUAAAGAGAUUCUGUGAUUGCUAGUUUACCUUAUGUAAGACUUAUGGUUUUCUUUCUUGUUGCAGCACACACUGACUGGGCAUAGCGGAAAGGUUCUGUCUGCCAAAUUCUUAUUGGAUAAUGCUCGGAUUGUUUCUGGGAGUCAUGACCGGACACUGAAACUCUGGGAUCUGCGCAGCAAAGUCUGUAAGGGAACAUCCUGUUCAAGAUCACACUAUUAUAGAUCUGCUAAACAUGGAUGAGGAGUGUCCACAGGCUGUUUUUUCCCUUUCCCUCCCCCCUUGAUUUUCUUCCUUUUGGUUUACAUGGGAAUUUAUCAAACUAUUCUUUUACAUUGUAGCUUUGCUAUGAGAAUGAUGCUCAUCAAAACCUUUGCCUAUUGUGUGUAAGAAAACGAUUGCAGUGCAUGCAACAAAGUAUUGUAGCAAAAGUUAUAAUGAAAGGUGCUUCUAGGCAGUUAUUGUGCUCUGACGUUGGUGCCAGUUCAGGUGUAAUUUGUCAUUCUAAUACACAGCAAUGUCAUUAUGUGUACCCACCAUGACCUAUUGAACAAAGAUCUCAUCAUUAUAACAGCUAUACUAGCUGUUGGUGACAAAAUAAAUGUAGAGGCCUUAAAUCUCCAGAAAGCAGCCUGGGUACACAGGGAUUAUAAUUUGCUUUACCUUUGUUAUACGCUUAACACAUCUGAUUGCCUUGUAUGCCCCAUUCUGUUCUUGAUAACUAUGAAAUCUGGGGAGUGGUAACAGCAUGCUUUUCUGAAAGACCUGGGAGAGGAGCAUAUACUAUGCUCACAUGUAGUUGCAGGAACAGACUGUUUGAUAUUUAAAUUUUGUCUUUAUUUUUUCAUGCUACUUCUGAUAUUGUGAUGGUGAAUGGUUUUUGCCCAGCUCCAUAUUGGAUUUGGUUCCAUUUAUGAAUACGUGCUUGGAAAUAGUCUGUGUAUGAUUUCUGACUUGAAGAUGAUUGCUUUGUGGAGAUGGUGAGAAAGCGAGGACUGUAAGGUAGCACCUACACAAUGGGUUUUAAUAACUAGGCAAGAGAGAAGCCACUGGAGCCUACCUGGCAUAAAUUGGGAAACUGGUUGUGUUGGCAUUUAAUAAUGCAUACCAAAUUUUUAUCUUGUUUUUAAAAAUAAAUAAAUAAAUAAUUCGCGUCAGAAGCCAUCAAGGGACACAGAACUAAUCUGGGAUGGGUAAUGCUAAAUAUGCUCAGGAGGUAGAAAUAUUCUAAAAAUUCCUCGCUCUAGAAUAGUAUGAAUAUAGUGGAAGAUUCUGCACCUACAUUGCUUCCUGAGGAUAACUCAUAGUCCAACAUAUCUAUAUAUAAUAACUAAGGGGGAAGGAAACUCAGAAGACUACCUCCACACUGUGUAGGGUGAGGAAACCUUACAAUAUUCCUACGUAGUGAGUGUAUAUGUGUAUCUCUUUGAGAGACUAUUUGUCCAAGUUUACAGAAUUGUAAAAAAAAAAAUCUUUGCCGAGCAAAUGUGCUAUUUGUUUGAUUUUUGUAAUAUUGUCCUUUUAUUAGGCUGUAUUUAUUUUUUCCACUGUUCUUAGCUUUCUCUCAGCUUGGACGUCCUGUCCAUUUUGUUAUCAUUGUAGUUAGGCUUUCCCUGCAGGCUGAGCAUUAUAAACACUGCCCUUUUCUGGGCAAAACGUAGGGUUUACAUUGCUGCCUAAUUCAGGAUCUCUACACUGUGCACAGAGACACUGAAUGCUCAGCAUAGUAAGGCAACAAUGUGGAUUGCUGUGCUGUCACACAAUCAUUCCAAUAAUUCCCUAUGAAGGAACAUGCAUUCCUAAUGCUGGAGUGUGCCUUUAAAAUUAUCUGAAAACCCAUGUGCUCCAUGUGCAAACUGUUAAAUAAAAAAAGUUGUUCUCCAUUUUUGUGCCUUUUUUUUCUGCAUUUGUCUGAAAAUUAGUAUUUUGCCAGAAUUAACAAUAUAAAUGCAUAAAUAGUAUUUUUGGAAUCCUAUAAAACAAACUUUUACUUUACUUUGUCUCAUUAUUACAUUUUAUUCAUUAAAAAGUUAUAUACCAUAUUUGAAUUAGGUAAAGAUCAAAGUAAGGGAAAUAUCAGUUGAUUUCUUACCUUGUCUAGUGCGGUGUGUGGUGUUUGUGUGUGUUUUUUUUUUUAUUUAUUUAUUUAUUUUUUUAAAAUGGGCAGUGGAGUGGCUUAACAUUGCCAAGUCCUACAUAUUUAACAUGAGAAAUAGACGUGCAAACUACUUAAAGCCGCACUUUUCCCACCAAACAUACCUUUUCCCAAUUGCUUCCUCUUCCUCUCUCAUCUGUUCGUUCUUAUUUUAUUUAAAAAAAAAAAGAUAGUAGAGACUGUCUUGUGCAUUUUUCCUACGCUUGACUUUCUUUGUCCCAAUGAGAUGUUUAAGUCGGCUCCUUUUUUCUGUCAAAGUUUUUCCCAUCGUACUUGCUCUCCCUCCUAAUGUGUUCUUGCGUCCACUCCAUUCGCUGUGGCUGAAUGUCUUGUCCUAUAGAAAUGUCUAACUUUAUUAAUACAAUGUAGAAAAAAAAAAAAAGACUUGGACUUCGUAAAGAAGAGAUUUAAAAUCUCCCUCCUGCCCAUUAGCAGUGGGUGAGGGCCUUAAAUAAUUAGCAGGUCCUAUUGUCUUCCGUGUUUUCGGUCUUCUCUUCUACUCCUCCACACACCCCCUCCCUUUUCUUUGGCCCUACUGUCUCCUCUGCCUAGUGGUGGGGCCCUAAGAGUUUGCCCCAUGACUGGUGGUGAGCAGGGGCACAACAAUGGGUCACACCCAUUGGGGACUAAUUGUAAAAAUAAAUACCCUAUCCCCACCUAACCAGGGCCAAAUAAAGCAAGACGCACUAAUAAAAUAAAGGAGCCAAUUUUGAAAAAAAAAUCUAGAUUGGAAAUAAAAUCCAUCUUCAUCAGAGGUGGGCUCUGAGCUUUGCUGGGCAGGGAAAGGCUUAUAAAGUCUUCCUACAAUGUGCAAUUUGACUUGGAGUGCUCUGGGUGGGAGGAGACAUUUGGUCUAUUCCCCCACACCCAAUUAGGGCCUCGUAUUUUUACGCAUUACAUAUUACAAGUAGUGAGCCGCAAGUUGGUCUUUUUGUAAUACAUUAAAGCAAUGUAACAUGCUAUUGUCAUGGCAGCAUUGAUUUUAAGAGGUGCUCCUCAAUUUAUGCUUUUCUGUAGUCCCUUCCAAAUAGGCAUCUGGAGUGUAAGGAUGUGGAACCCAGCUCACAAGCAAUGUAAUCAGGAUUCCAAAUAUACACAGAAGGAGGAAGACUCCCAGUAUCCAAAAAGUACUGAGUUGGGAAUAGGGAUUUACACACAAACUUAACAUCUGCUCAUUAUUUAAAAUGCCUGAUGUGAAAACAAAUGUGGGGUUGAGGAAAAUGUACAUAUGUUACUUAAGACCAAAAAAAAUCUAUCUUUUGGUGGAUCUUAACCAUGGUGGAAUUUCUAAAUGAAAGUUUUGUGUUUUUUUUUUUUUUGUUUUUUUUUGUUUUUUUAAAUCACGACUUAAAAACACUUAUUGACUUUCUGCUUGUUAUAAUAAAUAUCUAGAUAUAUGUCCCUCUAGAAAAAUAAGUUUAAACAGUUCACCUUGAAAUAAUUUCUAGUGGUAUGUAACAAUCAGUUGAUAUCUCCAGUUAAAUAGAUUAAUCACUCCGAACUUAAAUUAAAGGUGUUUAUGUAUGUAGAUUUGCAGAAUAACAAUGGGAUUAAAGGAAGACUGCAGGAACCCGUAUCGUAUUGAAGUGAGGGGGUCCUGGGUGCUGGUCUUAUAUCUAAGGGGGUUUUAAUAGUUUAAAGGAACACUAGUCACCUAAAUUACUUUAGCUAAAUAAAGCAGUUUUAGUGUAUAGAUCAUUCCCCUGCAAUUUCACUGCUCAAUUCACUGUCAUUUAGGAGUUAAAUCACUGUUUCUGUUUAUGCAGUCCUAGCCACACCUCCCCUGGCUAUGAUUGACAGAGCCUGUAUGGAAAAAAAAAAACUGGUUUCCUUUUCAAACAGAUGUAAUUUACCUUAAAUAACUGUAUCUCAAUCUCUAAAUUGAACUUUAAUCACAUACAGGAUGCUCUUGCAGGGUCUAGCAAGCUAUUAACAUAGCAGGGGAUAAGAAUCUUAAUUAAACAGCCCUAUUUAGGCUUUUAUUGCAAGUUCUAUCUUAACAGGAAGUGUUUAUGGAAGGCUGUGCAAAUCACAUGCAGGGAGGUGUGACUAGGGUUCAUAAACAAAGGGAUUUAACUCCUAAAUGGCAGAGGAUUGAGCAGUGAGGCUGUAGGCGCAUGUUCUAUACACCAAAACUGCUUCAUUAAGCUAAAGUUGUUCAUGUGACUAUAGUGUCCCUUUAGGUCUUCAGUCAAGUUCCAGAUCUGUCUGCCCCAUAACAUCCACUUUUGUCAGAGGCUUCAAUCCGGGAACCUUGAAGGACGCCCCUGGUUAACGGAGUGUUAGCUGACACUCCUCAUUCACAAAAUGGAGUGAAAAAGAUAAAUCUGUUUGACGACGAACUGAAGACUUGAAAGACUGGCGCUCGGAAACUCCUUGUUCCAUAACUUUUAAUUGUAUCGCAUUAACCUGAUAAAAUUAAAGGUAAACUAUAGGCAAGAAGUACAAAGUUGUAUUCCUAGCACUAUAGUGUGCCCACUCUCCCCCAUGUCACUUACUUAAUGUACAUUGCUGCUGGGUCAGGCUCAGUUUCCCAUCCUUCGGGACACCGCGUGCAUGGCAUUGAAUCCAUACUUUCUAUAGAGUUUCAGCUGAUGCUCGAAGCACCUCUAGUGGCUGUCUGGUAGAGGUGGUUAGCCCAUAAAGGUAAUAAUUGCAGUUUAUUAAUAACUGCAAUAAUUACUAUUGCAGGGUUAAACUGACAAGGGCAUUGUAUCCAGACCACUUAAUUGAGCUGAUGUGGUCUAGGUGCCUAUAGUGUCCCUUUAACCGUGACAAAAAAAUGAAACUCUGUUCAUCUGUGUCUAGGUAUGGUAGACUUUGUCUGUCGUGGUGUGUUGCUGGGUUUUUUGUGUGUUUUUUCCAACCAAUUUAUUUGGAUUAAGACUGGUUUGCAAACUGGAUAUGGUUAAUGCUUCAAGGCCUUCUAAUUACCAUAACCUCUACAGAUUAUUGAAGUGAUUAAGAGUGUUUAAUGCAAAAUCAAUGACACAAACUAGAGAGCCCAGUUUCACAAGAACAGCUGAUCUCAAGGAAUAUACAGCCUAACCCCUGGCCUGCAGUUCAUGUAAUUGGGAAUUGAAUGUGUGCAUUAUUUAUCCAACCUUGGCCAGUAAUCAUAGGAACACUGUGCUGCUUUAGAAUUUCCAGUAUUUAGGAGCCCCAACUACAAAUCUAAGUUUACCUGCUACAUGUCUCCAUGUUUGUAUAUUAAAAAAAAAAAAAAAAAAAUCCUGUAACUGUGUUUCAUCGUCUGUCUGUUUACUCCUUUGCACAUCUUUGAACGGGCAGUAAUGUAUUUUUUUUUUUUCCCUUCAUUUUUCAGGUAUUAAGACUGUGUUUGCUGGUUCAAGCUGUAAUGAUAUUGUUUGUACUGAACAAUGCGUGAUGAGUGGCCACUUUGAUAAAAAAAUUCGAUUUUGGGAUAUAAGGCAAGUAUCUUAUACCAAACCCUAAUUUUGGUAUUGUAGAUAUUUAACACUGAAGUGGGUGGGCUUUGUAUGAAAGACCUGUUCUAAUCUUAUGACCAUAACAUUUGUCAUUUUUAUAUACUACAUUACAGUAUACUAGAAUGUAAUGGUCUCUGGACAAAUACUGUUGGUUUUAUUUACCGCUAUUACUGCAUGCUUUUGCCAGACACUAACGCCUAAUGAGCUUAUCGGAGUACUGCAGGAUCUUCAACCAAUCUACAAGUGGCACUAAUGGUUAGUUUUGGGGCAUAACUUUAUUCUUUACUACUGAGAAAUUGUCAAGGAGGUAGUGCCUAGCGAGUCACUGUUCUGUGGGGUACAUAUACCACAGGAUGUCAUUUUGUGAGCAAUUUCUUGCAAUUGCGUUCACAAGUGCUGUGCCAGUCUGGAUAAUUUUUCACAAUGAUAAAUCACAAGGUUAUGGUACAACUUAAAAUCUUUUUGGGAUUUGGCAAGACAUGUCUUCAAUCAUAGCAAGUCUCUUUUUAGCUAAAAUCUCUUCAUUUGCACGUCCCACAUAUUUACUAUAACGUGACUAGCCUUGAUCGUUCUAUGUGGUUUAUUUUGUAGAACAGAGACUGUAGUGCGAGAAUUGGAGUUACAAGGCAGAAUCACGGCUCUUGAUUUGAAUCCUGAUAGGACAGAGCUCCUUAGCUGUUCCCGUGAUGACUUCAUCAAGAUCAUUGACCUACGUGCCAGUGCUGUCCGUCAGACUUUUAGGUGAGAUGGCGAACAAUAUCACAAAGUAUAUUUGAAUUAGGUUUUACCAUCAGUGGCUGAUCUCGGUUUUCAGGUGCUAUCAUGCCUAAAAAAUUUUAGGGAAUUGCUCAAUAUUUUGAGGUUGCCAGCCACAGAAUGAAGUGCAGGACUUUUUUGGCCAAAUAUUCCCUCAAUAGACUUGGUGUGACGGGUUAGCUAUAUACGAUGCUUCAAAUGUUUUUAUUUAACAGCUACUACUUUGUGACAAAUACACAGGCCAGAUGUACAGAGUUUAUGGUUAUUGGUUUUGUUAAUAUUGAUUACAUUAAUAUUUGUCAUAUGAACUUCCAGACCUUUUUACCUCUAGUUUGUGGUUCCUUAGUUCUCACAGUCAGGAUUUUAAUGACUAAACAAGACACUGGAUUAAGCAAUAAAAUGUGGUGUAAUUUUUCUUUUUUCUUUUCAGUGCUCAGGGUUUCAAGUGCGGAUCAGACUGGACCAGAGCCAUUUUUAGGUGAUGAACAUUCUGCACUCUUGUGUUAUAUUGCUUUAUUUAUGUGUAUGUGUAUGUAUAUAUGUGGUUUUGGUGUUUAUAACAUGUGUAAUGGGAUUAAAGGAAACUCCAAUAAUUACAAACCUCUGCAACCUGCUCUAUGUUAAUAUCGUCACAUCAAUCAAACCAUUUUAGUACAGUUGGGCACCUGCGCUGCCUCUGUUCUUCUUGAGCUGGUAAAGUCGGUAAAUUUUGUCUAAAGCAAGAACUCACUCAUUGACUGAGCGCACUCAGCUGACACUCUUAGCUUUUGAACACCUGCAUCGACGUCUGACUUGUGUUAAAGACUUGAAUCUCUGGCAGGUCUCUGUGACGUGUCAGAUAAUUCCAGGAUGACGUUGGCACACUCCUGGCAGCAUAACCACUAUAAAAGGCUGCAGUGGUUGUGCUUGGUGUGUUCAUAUAACAAUGUGUCACCCAUGUGUAAGUUUUUAGACCAUGUUAUUUGCUUUCUCUGGGGCAAUGUAAUUUUAUUGUUGGUUAAACUCUGGUUUGCAAUAUUUGUGUGUCACUGUUUGUUUUAAAUGUUUUACAAAUGCAUUGUAUUCUAAACACUGCCCAAUAAAUGGCUUGGAAAAUAUCUUUUUGGGGGGGGUUGUUAAAUCUAUGUAUAUUCUAUGUAAUGUCUCUCUGACCUUCUACUUGUAGUUCUGAUGGCGCCUAUGUGACUGCUGGCUCUGCUGAGGGCACAUUGUACUUCUGGAAUGUAAUUACUGGUAAAGUGGAGAAGAUGCUUAGCAAGCAACACAGGUAGAGUUGACACAAACCUUUCCUACAUUUUUCCUCCUAGACUUAAGGCCAGGGACUAAUAAAAGUAUUUUAGAAAAUUGGGCAGACUAGAUGGGCCGAAUGGUUCUUAUCUGCAGUCACAUUCUAUGUUUCUAUGUGCUGUAUGGAGUGUGCAAUUAAAGGGACACUCCGCGUGCGUUAGAACUCUCCAUAGGAAAGCAUUGAAAAUGCUUUUCAAUGCUUUCCUAUGGGGAAAGCUCUAGCACAGAACCUGUGCUAUGGAUACGGAAGUGCUCUCUAGUGGCUGUCACGUAGACAGCCACUAGAGGAGUUAACCCUGCAAGGUAAAUAUUGCAGUUUAUGAAAACUGCAAUAAUUACAGUUGCAGGGUUAAAGGUAGUGGGAGUUGGCACCCAGACCACUCCAAUGGGCAGAAGUGGUCUGGGUGCCUGGAGUGUCCCUUUAAUAGUAUUGCAAUACCCAACAAUGGACUUUAGAUGCUCUUUGGAGUACCCUCUGUAAAAUUGCUGGUUUCCCAUAUUAUUGUUUUGACUGUGUUAUUUAAGGCCAGAUGUCGGCUGUGCUGCCAUUCUUGCUGCGCUUGGAGUAUCCUCACAGGCAAGGGGAUAUUCCAUGUACUCUUGCAGUGGUUGCCUUAUCCCUUGCAUUGUCUAGUCCAGUGGUUUCCAAACCAGUCCUCAAGGCAUGCCUUACAGUCCAGGAUUCAAGGAUUACCCUGUUGUGUUCAGGUUUGUUUUACUUUUUCAGUAAAAAAAAAGUAAAACACCUGGACACAACAGGUUAAUCCCUAAAUCCUGGACUGUAAGGCAUGCCUAGAGGACUGGUUUGAAAACUACUGGUCUAGUCAGUGAUUCAUCAUAAAAGUAGGAACCCGCCAAGAUGAAUCAAUAACAUUAUGUAAUAGACCCAUGCCUGUACUUAUGAUGCAUGUUAUUCUACCCCUCCAGCAUCUUAAAGACUUUGCCUUUAAGGAUCUUACGGUUAAGUCAUGAUAUAAGUAAUACAGUGAGAGACAUAAGCCACCCAAUGUAUGGUUUAACAUAUAAUUAUUUGUCUCUAAAACUGUCAAUGCAGUGACAUGAUAUUCUAACACACAUCUUUUCUCUUGCAGCUCUUCUAUAAAUGCAGUUGCAUGGUCUCCUUCUGGCACUUACGUGGUUAGCGUGGACAAGGGAGGCAGGGGAGUUUUAUGGUCGGACGUAUGA